AUGGGUGCGAGACAUAUAAUAAUUCCUGGAAAUGCUCUAAUUGGGUGCUUUCCAUAUAUCUUAACUGCACUGCGUAGCAAUCAUCCCGACGCUUACGAUAAUAUGGGUUGUCUUAAAAGCGUAAAUGAUCUAAUCGCAUUUAAAAACGACAAUCUCCAAGCUGCUAUGAGAAAUCUGAGCACAGAGUUCCCAGACGUUAGCAUAAUGUAUGGCCCGAUGGACGAAGGGAUGCGGCAAGUUAUUACCGAGACAUUAGCAGGCCCGUUUAGAAACACAACACUGCAAGCUUGUUGUGGAAUUGGAGGAAAAUACAACUACAAUAGCAGAAGGUUUUGUGGUAGUCGGGGUGUACCUGUUUGCUCCAAUCCAAACAAUUACAUAUUCUGGGAUGGUUUGCAUAUGACGCAAGAAGCCUCGCUUCGAAUCGUCAGGAUUCUCAUUCAGCCCGCACUUUCUACACUAAACUGUGCAACAUAA